AUAUUAUAAUAAUAUAAAAAGUUCUCUAACAAGAAUAAAAUAUAUUUCCAACUAAUAUAAAUAUUAUCCUUAUGGAUUAUGUCCUAUCUUAAGUUAAGUCUAUAUUGUCUUGCUUUUAAGUAGCUUUUUCUGCUCCCCCUUACACUACUAAACAUUCCUCAAUAAGAAGUUACAAUAUGGAGAAAAUUUUGAAGAAGCAUUUCGUUCUAGUUCAUGGAUUUUGCCUUGGCGCUUGGUGCUGGUACAAACUUGUCAACCUUUUGCAAAAAACUGAUCACAAAGUUACUGCUUUAGACCUUGGUGCUUCUGGGGUUAAUAUGAAACAACUCAAAGAAAUUGUUUCAAUAUCUGAUUACGUUCAGCCAUUGAUGGAUGUUAUGGUCUCUUUGCCUCAUGAUGAAAAGGUUAUUUUGGUGGGACAUAGUUAUGGUGGCCUUUGCAUUUCUCUUGCUAUGGAAGCUUUCCCUCAGAAAAUAUCAGCAGCAGUUUUCAUCACUGCUUAUAUGCCCAAUCAUAAAGAUCCACCUGCAUUUCUUAUUCAAGAGUUCUUUAGGAGGACUUCAAUGGAGUCGCUCAUGGAUUGUGAAUAUAAAUUCGACCAAGGAAUGGAAAAUCCACCAACAUCAGCUAUUUUUGGCUCACAAUACAUGCAAGCUAAUCUUUACAAACAUUGCCAAACAGAGGACUUGGAAUUGGCAAAAAUGCUGAUAAGACCAGGUAAGUUUUUCACAGAAGAUAUGUCAAAGGAAGGGCUGCUGACACUAGAGAAAUAUGGGUCGGUGAGAAAAGUUUACGUGUUGUGCCAAGAUGAUCCAGUCAUGGAAGAAGAAUUCCAAAUGUAUAAUAUUCAGAAGAGUCCUCCUUAUGAAGUCAAAUCCAUUGCCAAAGCUGGCCAUAUGGUCAUGAUAUCCCAACCUCACAAGCUUUCUCUCUGUCUGCAGGAAAUUGCUGACAAUUAUCAUUGAAUUUACUUUUUUUUAAAAUACCCUGAUAAUGAGUAUAAAGUUUUAAGCUUUUUUUUUUUUCAAAAAG